CUGCUCAUCGCUUACGGCAGCUGCUGCGUCGUUAAUCUGUCUGGUUUGCUUUGCUUUGGUUUGUUGAACACGAAGUCUGCUCGCUGUGCUCAGUUCAAAUUCAAUUUUCAUGGUGAGCGCUCGUUGGUGGUUUGUUGCGUUCUGUUUGUUGCACAUUUCGGCUUGUGCUACCGUCGGUGGUUCGCUAGUUCGAGCAGAGUUGCUUUGGGUAUUGCUUUAGCUUGUACCGCGAGAGUGGUGUAGGAUGUCCGCGAUUCGGGUUUAAAUUGGCAAACGGUGGCAAUUGAGCUCACCGAGGUUUAAACCGGAAUUUACUGCAUCGGCUGGGCUGUCGGUCGAGCAAGCUGUGUGCGAUUACAAUUAUUUUUAUUAACGCAGCCACAAAAUUGAAUCUUAAUUGAUUGGCAUAAUAAGCCAACAAUAACAAUAUUAAAUUUUUGUGAUGAAAAUAUGUACAUACGUGUGUACGUAAACAUUUGCGUGCCCAAGGAGUAUCAGCGACAAUACAAUUGUGAACCAUUGUGAAUAUAUCAACAUAUACAAAUACAUACAUACAUAUAUUACACACCGUUAUUUGUGGAUUUUGUGCAUUAAUAUUUUCGACUGAUGUGAUUGAAAUUGAAAUUAAUUGUGUGAUUUUGUGCAAAUUUAAAGCGGCAAACCCAAGCGACAUUUUAUGCAAUAGUCACUGUGUGUUGUUGCUGUAUGUAUAUUCGCGCAUCAGCAGAGCUUUAGUACAGAAUGGUUUUAGAGCAACAACUGCAGCAGCAACAACAAAACCUGCAACUGCAACGCAUAUCAACGCAAGGACGUUUAAGCCCGACGGCGGACACUGUCAGUGGUUCAGAUAGUGUAGCGGUUAGUGGCGGUGGUAGUAUAAUUUCGUGUCCUGGAACAGUGGUCCGUUCAACAGCCAAUUCGGCCACCAUGCCGCCGGAAGGCUUACACCCAACGGCUGCAUUGCAGUUGUACGCCGCUGCAGCACAGUUAGCGCCGGGUGGAGUGCGGGUACCUCCUUGGGGACCGUUUCUGCAAUUCGGUGUACCGGGAGUGUUUGCCGGCGGCCCGUUUUUGGGUCGUCCACGUUUUGAGACUAAUCCGCAGAAUGCUGCCGCGGCCGCCGCGGCCUCACAAAUGGCGGUCAAUGCAAGUAAUGCCUUUGCGAAUUUAACAGGAUUAAGUGUAGCGAUGCGAAAUGUGUCGGCUGUGCAAACGACUGCUGCUGCCGCUGUUGCAACAGUUGCCAUUCAACAUCGAUUAAUGAUAGGAAAUCGACAAAACUUGGCCGCAGGUCCACCCAGUGAAGGGUCAAAUGAAGAUGGAGGCUUUCCCGGUGAUGGUGAUGAGGAUAGUAAUGCUGCGAAACGAAGACGAUCUCGCACUAACUUCAAUUCGUGGCAGCUGGAGGAACUGGAGCGUGCAUUCUCUGCAAGCCAUUAUCCCGACAUUUUCAUGCGUGAAGCACUGGCCAUGAGACUGGACUUGAAAGAGAGCAGAGUUGCGGUAUGGUUCCAGAACCGAAGAGCAAAAGUGCGAAAACGUGAGCACACCAAAAAAGGACCUGGACGACCUGCACAUAACGCUCAACCUCAAACCUGCUCCGGAGAACCGAUUCCGCCAAGCGAACUGAAAGCCAAAGAAAGGGCUCGACGAAGAAAAAAACUGGCAAAAGCGAUUGAUCGACAAGCGAGAAAGUUACAGGCCAAAGGCAUCACGGUCGAUCUCGAAGCACUUAAAGCCGAAUACAUAUCACAACACAAAGCUAACGGCACCUUCUCCGACUCUGAUCUGGAAGACGACGGCAUACAAAUAGACGUAGUGGGCGGCACAGACAGUGACGACGAUGGCGACGAUUGUUCAUUUCGAAGCCCCCGAGCAAAUAGUUUACUGCCGGGUAGCUUCUCACCAAGCAGUAGUCAAAAUGGCAUAGAGAGUCCAGUGUCCAAUGGGGAGCGCAACACCGAGGACGACAGCAACGCCACAGACAGUUGCGGAAAAACAUCUUUCAUUUUUCCUACAGCAAGUACCGGCAUAUCGAAUUUACGUUUAAAUCUAACGAAUUCCAAUACACCCGCCCAUGAAUAUCAACAACAACACCAGCAAAAUCAACAUAAUCAAAUCCAUCAAAAUCACAAUAGUAAUCAACAUCAAACAUCACCGAUUAGCAUCCGGCGGAACAAUCCAUUUAGCAUAGAGUCGCUGCUGUUCAACAACACGUGAGAUUUAUUGAGAUGGUUAAAUGGUUGAAUGCAGAGGCAAAAAAGUUGUUGUACGCUUUCUCGCAAGCCAUUGCUUGCGCCCACUUUACCCAUCCACAGCAGAUACGCGUUAACACAAACACAUACAGGGUGCGCAUCCGCCAGGCCACUGUAGCUGUACCAUAUAAAUAAAUGAAUAAAUAACUAAAUAUUAAGUAUGUAUGUAUAUCAUUAAUGAAUAGUUAAAGAAUGUACCAUUAAUGAACUCAACUAAUAUACGAAAUUGUUCAGCAGCUAAGCGAGUACAUACAUACUCGUAUGUAGGAGUGUAUGUACUAGUACUUACAUACAUACAUACAUAAAUAUCCACAGUGAAUAAUGCUAAUGCAACCAGAACCAAUUGCGCAAUAUUAGUAUAAUUGAUGUACCAUUAUGAGUAGUAAUUUACAUAUUUUUUUCAAAAAAAAAAAAUUAUGCAGAGUGUAUAAUGCCAAUUCAAUAAUUUACCAAAAUGUAUGACAUUAUGUGAUUUGUGGCAUUAACUCGUGGGUUUCCAGCAGUUCAAUUCUGUAUAUAUAUAUAUAUAUAUAUAUAUAUAUAUAUAUAUAUAUUACAUAUAAGUUACCAAACUAUUCUUACCUGCGUACAUAUAGUCAAUUGGCUAAAAAUUUAGCUAAAAUGUCUUGCACCGCUCAGAGGCCGAUGACUUCAAAAGGCACUAAUGAUCCUGCAUCGCUUCUCUCUAUCAAUGUUUGAGUUAAAAAUUUCACGACAAUAACUUCUAGAAAAGACAGGAGCUUUACGGAACAGGCAUGCUGAAAUUUUUGCUAAAUUUUAUUAUACAUUAAAGUCUAUUUUCAGAAGUUCACACUGAUAUCAAAAAUUAUACAGUAUGCAGGUGUGCUUCUUGUAUCUCCUUUAUUAAGCCCAUAUUUGAGUUUUGAACUGCGUCGAAAAACUACCAACAAAACAAUUCAGCACAUUUAGUAAGUCGCUGCUUUCUAGUUGCCUACACUUACCAUAUAUUUGUUUGAACAAUUUUAGUAAAAUGGUCAUGUAUGUACAUAUUUAGAUGAGUACGAGUAUGCGUUUGAAUGCGUGAACAGGGCUUUGAAUAUAUUAGAAAUCUAGUUUUAAGUGCAAUACAAAUACGCAUACAUACAUACAUACAUAUGUAUUUUAGAGUAUAGCAUAUAAACGCAUAAUUUUAUGUUUCUGUACAUAUUUAUGUAUGUUUGAGUUAAUGUCUGAUGUUUUAAUACCUCUUUAGCGUUUUAAUAUUUCGUUCGCUUUAAUUUCGCUUUUGUCUCCUUGAUACUGAAUCGGUUGUAUAUAUGUAUUUGCUAUUAAUGUUACUGUAAAAUAAUUUAAAUUUAAUUUAAAGAAAAUAUAAAUAAAUAGUAUGUCCUAUUAAAUGCAAAAAUACCAUGUAACUAUUUCCACGGAAAAUUCAAUUCUUUAUAAAUGUUAGGAAUUUCUAGGUAAGUUCUACAUUGCUUAUGAUGAUGAUGAUGAUGUGCCGUCGGUUGUCAAAACGGAAAGUACUACUUCUUUUAAAAACAGGAUAAAUACAUUUUCUUGUUUUUAACUAAGAAUGCAGUCUUAGUGCUAAUAUACACAAUUUUGAGAUAGUUUCCUAGUAAA